UCCUAUAUUUUCGGGGUUAGAAUUUCUAUUUUAUACGCUCUCAUUUCUCGGCUGUUCUUUCUCUCUCUGGUCGAACAAGAUCUCCCCACGGUCUUCGAAGAUUCUCGCACAAUGGAAACAUGCCCGAAAGUGAAAAACAUUCUUCUUCUGGAUUCCGAAGGGAAGCGUGUCGCUGUAAAGUAUUAUUCUGAUGACUGGCCAACAAACAGUGCAAAGGAGGCUUUUGAGAAAACUGUAUUUACCAAGACGCAAAAGACAAAUGCCCGGACUGAGGCUGAGAUAGCUAUGUUUGAGAACAAAGUUGUCAUUUACAAGUUCAUUCAAGACCUUCACUUUUUUGUUACUGGGGGUGAGGAAGAAAAUGAGGUUAUCUUAGCUACUGUCCUUCAGGCGUUUUUUGAUGCAGUCAGUCUUCUCCUGAGGGGCACUGUUGACAAGAAGGAGGCACUUGAGAACUUAGAUCUCAUUCUUUUGUGCAUUGACGAAGUUGUGGAUGGCGGAAUUCUUCUAGAAACUGAUCCAAAUCAGAUUGCGGAGAAGGUUGCAAGCCAUAGUAUGGAUUCUGGUGCACCUUUGUCUGAGCAGACUAUAACACAGGCAUUGGCUACUGCGCGCGAACAUCUUGCGAGAUCCUUACUGAAGUGAUGUGGCUGAACUAACAAUGGAGGCGGAAGCAACUCAAGAACUCCCAAAUGUUACUUUUCAUUAUCCUGGUUACUGUUUACAAGCACAUUGGUCUUCCAUCGGUCUGCCUAAUACCACAAAUGCAAACACAAAGUAGGUACAAACACAAAGUAGGAAGGGAAUAAAGAUCUAAGAAAGAAGCGCACACGUUUUAUUAUUUCAAACAAGUCUGAAUACAAACAUUAGUGGCUUCUCCUUUCAUAGGCAUAAGGAGGAGCAUCAAGACAAGCAUAACUUCUAACUUUAGACAAGCAUAUCUUACAACUUUAGACAAGCAUAUUUUACAACUUUAGACAAGCAUAGUGGGUUCAAUUAACCCUUUUGCCUGAAGCUAUUGGAGUUCCAGGAAAGUUAUUUGUCGAUUAUGUAAACAAAUAUAUGCUUGUCUAUAGUUGUAAGAUAUGCUUGUCUAAAGUUGUAAUGUAUACUUGUUUAAGGUUAGAAGUUAUGCUUGUCUUGAUGCCUUAUGCCUAUAAAAGGAGAAGCCCCUGAUGUUUGUUUUCAGACUUGUUUGAAAUAAUAAAACAUGUGUGCUUCUUUCGUAAAUCCUUAUUCCCUUCCUAUUGUGUUUGUAACUACUUUGUGUUUGCAUUUGUUGUAUCUGAUUUUUUUGGAUGAGAGAUGAAAGAGCUUUUGCAUGUUUUACAUGAGUUUGUUAUGUUGGACUUAGUGAUAUGGACAUGGAAUUGAGAUAUACAGUGGUAAUUGGAGGAAAUGGAAAUGGGUGGCAAGGUUUUCAAGAUA